UGAGACACACACACAGUCACAUACACACGCACACACAGGCCAGCAAGCAAACAUACACGGCUCAGACAUUAUACACACAAGAUAGCUCUGACACGCUCAUUGUACCUUGCACCACACAGCAUGCUGGUACUGUUCUUUAUAGACAUGCACACAAGCCUGUGACACACGGCACUGUCAAGCUAAUUUGUGGAGAUGUCACAUACUGACAGUUCAACCAUAUGAAGCUCGGUUGCCUUCAGCCAAAUAUUGCUAUGACAUAUACACAUACAGAGUUGUGUCUCAUACAUACCCCAGUCUGUCACAUCCAUAUUCAGCUGAUCAGCGCAGUGUGACCAUCUUCGCUCAGCAGGGACAGAUCAGCCAAACGCUUGUUCUGAUGUAUGAAGUAUUUGUUCCACCUAACAUCAUUGCCUUGUGAUCUAUGAACUUCUGAGUAGCACUCCGUUUUGUGGCCUGGUGCCAUGCUCUGCAAUACCUGCCAUAAUGUCAGCUUGCGGCUCAUUUACAGAGCAUGUCUGGAAGCCAGGAGAGUGCAAGAACUGCUUUCAGCCCAAAGGCCAGCACCAGCUAUUAGCUCUUGGCAGAGGUUCUGGACAGCCACCUCCUCCUCCUCCACCGCCCCCUCCCUAUCGGGCACAACAUGCCAAAGUCAUCCAAAGCCAGCGACCACGUACCAGCACUGGAUUCAGGCCUCCCGUGGCCAAGAAACCCACAAUUGCUGUCAAACCCACUAUGAUAGCAGUUGAUGGAGCUGGCAGCCAUCCAUUACAAGGUCAGGCCAGAUCACCACUGCCCACUCCAAACAUCAGAACCCAACUACCACCUGUGGUUUGUAAUGAUGAUCGCACAAACAACAACACAGGGGCAGAGCAAACAGUCUCUAAUAAUAAUCACGUGGGUUGCAGUGGACUUACUGAAGUUUUGAAGGAGAUAGCUGGAUUAGGUAGCCCAUCUGAACCUGUGCUUCAAGCAGAUGGUACAGCUCGAGAAAACUUUCUGUGUCGUAUCAACCAGUGUUAUAGACGAUCUCUAGAGAGAAAACUUCCUGCCAGUUGUCUAUCUGGUAAUUAUCAUGAUGGAAGUGGGGCAAAAAAAAGUGUUCGAAGAGUAGAAGUAAGUGGAGAAGAGAGUGCAAUCAUUGGAAUGGAUGGUGGACGUUUCUGCUACCCAGAAUUCUCCAGUGGAGAUGAAAGUUGGGAUGAGGAAGAUGAAGGAGAAGGAGGAGAGCGGGAAAGCUGGGAAGAGAGUGAUGAAGAACUGUUGGCCAUGGAGAUCCGUAUGAGAGGGCAACCACGUUUUGCCAAUUUACAAAGUGGUAGUUUAUCUCCAGUACAAGGAAGGUUAGGGAGAAGAGAGAAAUGGAAUACUGUGCCACUGAGGCAAAAAUCACUGCAGAGGGUUUGUGCUGUGGAUUAUGAUGAUAGCUAUGAUGAGAUUCUAAAUGGCUGUGAGGUCAUUGGAGAGGUUCAUGACGUAAAUACCGUCUCUCCUUCCCCUGAUCCCUCAAUGGUAGAUUCUUUAUCUUGUCCUCCCUCAUCCUCCUCAUCUUCUUCUUCUUCCUCCUCCUCUUCCUCCUCCUCAGGGGGACUAUUUUGUAAUGGAAGUAUAGGGACAAAUAAAGCAGUGGAUCUUGGGCCAGAUGAUAUAAUACAAGAUGUGAUUCAAGAUGCUGGCAUGGCUCAGGCAAAGCCUUAUCGUGUGGUGAGCUUGGAGCAACCAGUCUGCAAACCAUAUACAGUAGUUGAUGUUUCUGCUGCAAUGACUGGAGAGAGUGCUUCCCGUAUAAACACAAGAAUUAAGAAACCAAGCUCUACCCGCUACCAGGAAGUUUGGACAUCAAGUACUAGCCCUCGACAAAAGCUUGCAAAGACUGAGACUGCGGAAGCACCUAAUCAAAGCUGCUAUAAGUCAGCUCCAACCUCACCUACUGCUGGUUUGAGUGCCCACACUGUACCUGUUCGUUCUCCGAACUUGUCAGAAAUUAAAUUCAACAGCUACAACAAUGCAGGGAUGCCACCUUUUCCUAUUAUAAUUCAUGAUGAACCAGAGUAUACCCAUAGCUGUAAAAGCGCUGACAAAGUGCCCAUCCUUAUUAACCCUAGCGCUUAUGAUAACUUAGCUAUUUACAGAAGUUUUGUGGGUGCUGGUGGUGUUUUUCCACCGCCCCCAGGCAAAGAAAAACUACAGACUGGAAGUCAUACAUAUGAAGAAAUAGAAACUCCAGCAAGAACAAAAAGAAAAGAGGAAUCUGCAGAUGUGGCUGUUCAUGAGACAGGUGGUUGCCCCAGAGAGAGUGCGAACCGUGUUUUAUCUAAGAUUGUGGCAUCCAUCCAGCCACCUCGCUCCCCACCAGAGGCUCUUACUCCUGAGUCUCAGAGCAGUGAUGAACAUCGUCCGACAGAAACCCAGUCAGAUCCAGAAGUCCCUCCAAGUUCCUUGGGCAGGCCGAAAACUUUAUUUUCCUCACACAGUGACACUUUAGGGAAUGUUCAUUUAAACAAAACAUCUCCUGCACUAUCCAGUGAUGAUAGCCCAACUGUGUCUUCCACAACAGAGCCUCUUCCACCUUUUCCACCUCCGCGUUCUACUUCUUCACCAUACCAUGCUAGCAUGCUGCACAAACAUUUUGCAACUCGAGGGAAACAAGUGGGUACUAACCGCCCCUCACCAACUGACACUGCAACGCAGCCACGUCGACCAGCAGAUGGAAAACCACGUCGAUGGAUAUCCUUUAAAAGCUUUUUCAGGAGGAAGAAAGAGGGAAGUGGUCAAGGUGGCUGUGAAGACAGAGGAGAUGAUGGUAAGCUAGUGGGGAUAGAUGGUACAGUUAUCCACAUGCUUCCUCCACCACCAGUCCAACGACACCAUUGGUUCAGUGAAAGCCGAGGAGAUGUUGGAGAAAAGCCAUCUAUUGUGUUCAUGUAUCGGUCAGAGGAUGAAAGAGCAACCACAGGCCCACAGGAGAACGCGGAUGCUGAGACAAAGUCUAACAGCACCCCAGAAGAUAUGCCUGCUCAAGGCUCUCCUUCUUCAGCGCCCAUAUUACCCCCUUCCUUAAGUGAUCAGACUGUGACGGACACUUCACCCACACCUGCCGACGCUGAUAUUCUGUUUUGUGAAAAGCCAGGAGCUGCUUCUGACAGCUCAUCAGACUGUAGCCCAGGUGGAGCCACCUACAGCAACUUAGGUCAAUCUCGUGCAAACAUGAUCCCAUACAAGCAACCGCGGCAGACUCGUGGUGGAAGCCCUCCUGAAGAUCCAGAGUCACUCCCAACUCCUCCUCCCCUUCCAAAGAAGAAUAUGACACCGCGCCAGUGCACACCAGACAAGACACCUGGGCCAGUUCUGAGCCUGGCCAAUCCCACUUAUGACACAGAUCGCAGCUGGGAGGUUGGUGGAAAUGAGUCAGGAGAUUCUAUGGAAAGACCCAAGAGUUCAGGAGGAAGAAUCGCAGAGCUACAAGCUGAGGCCCUUCGUCGCUUCUUUGCCCGUUGUGAGGACAUCUUCAUGGCAGGACAAAGAGAACCAGUCAACUUUGGAUUGGAGAGUUGGCCGGAUUUCCGACUAGCUAGUUCCACACCUUGUUGCCAGGCUGGAGAUGCUGUAUAUUACCGGGCAUCAUAUGCUCAGGACCCUGGGAAUCUCUAUGCUGUAAAGAUCUGCCGCAGCAAGUCUAAGCAAGCCCAGAGGGAAUAUUACCAUUGCCUGGCAGUACGGCAAGGCCUCACAGAACAUUUCAACAUCCAGCAGGAUUGUGGGCAAUUUCUGGCCGAAGUACCAGCUCGCUUGCUGCCUUGGGAGGAUCCGAAUGUAUCAGAAGAAGAGGAGGAUGAAGAACAGAAUGGAGAAACUGUAGAUUCAUCCACAGGAAAAAAGGAGGCCCCAGACAGAAACAAGAAGCAUUCUUCUUCUACUAAUCAAGGGUCCCUGGGUAAACGGAGAAGUAGGGUGGUGGUGAUUACACGAGAACCCCCCAGACAAACACUUGCAGACUUUGUGCGGGAGGGAGAGUUCCAGCACCGCAGGGAUCCAGAGAUGUAUGAACGACAGGUGUGCUUACUACUGCUUCAGUUGUGUGGGGCACUGGAGCAAUUAAAAGCACAGGGAAUAACACACUGUGACCUUCGAUUAGACAACCUUUUACUUGCUAGCUGCCGCCCUGGUGAUUCAAAGUGUAGCUGCUGUCGUAGGUCUGCUACAGAGGAGCAAAAUGAGCACCCCAAGGACAAAGGUCCUUCUGAACAGAGAGCUUUUCCAUCGUGUGCUGGUCGACUGCUCCUCACCAACUUUAGCCAGGCUAAGCUUAAGAGCCAAAGUGUAUGGAGACCACAGGGCUUAGGUGAUCCUUCCCGGAUGGCUCCGGAGAUUGUGGGAGCAGCACAAUACAGAAGGAGUGAUGAGUUCCAAACUGGGAUCCUCAUUUAUGAGAUGUUGCACUUAGCUAACCCCUUCCAAGAUGGGGGCUUGAAGGAGCGGGAAUAUGGACCUUGUGAUUUGCCAGCUGUGCCACGUCGCUCUCCAUACUCACGUGGCCUAGGACGACUUGCAGGACUUCUUUUGCAGCAUAGCCCUUCAGAUCGGUUACAGGUUGGGCAAGCCAAGGCAGCACUUCGCUGCUUAAUUUGGGGGCCACGGGAUGACGUGCUGCAAGGACCAGGAUCUCUACAUAACUGGUUAGAAGUGAAAAGGACAUUGCUACUAAUAAAGCUGGCAGAGCGAGCGCUUGAAAGAGAAGGUGGAGUGACUCUAGAGGACUGGUUGUGCUGUCAGUACCUGGCAUUCGGCACAGCCCAGGGACUGGCACAGACGCUACGGCUACUGGAACAAAACUGAGGGACAUUGUGUUCAAAACCCUCCAUGGUCUGUGUGCAAUAGCUGGGAAUUCCCACAAAGGCUCCGUUUAAGAAGCUUGAACGUCCAGUGUUAUAUACCACUCCCUUCCUGCACAGUCAGGCAGAUAACUGCACAAAAAAGAUAGAAGCAAAUACUUUCUCAGAUUUACUAACUUCUCAGUAUUCUCUCUAACGAUAAGCAUAUGUAAAAUGCAGAACAGCUCAAUAAUUCCGGCACAUAAUACAUAAUCUCCCUUUAGUCAUGAAACCAAUUCAUUGUCAAUCCUGUACUUCAAUUUUGGAAUCCUUUCUAAGGUGGUAUUCUAUCAGGGAAGCACGGUAACAUGCAAAAUUCAUAUUAUUAGAAAUGUUUUAAGUAAAUUAAUUUCUAUUCUUUAUGUAGAAAGAGUCCACAAGCUCCGAUGUCUCCAGUGGACUGCUGUUCAAUACAAAGCCAGCAACAUGAAGUGAUCUUUGCUGCUACAGCUUUUGUUCAGGGUACAGCUUGGCAACAGUCGUAAACGCACAAAUGACAUUCAUGUAAUUUAUUUGUAAUCAUUUGCACUUGAGGUAAGCUGUGAUUGCCUACAUAUUUAUUUUGUUUUCUACAGUUCACUAUAAGUGCUAUUGGCAUUGCUUUGUGACUCUAGUAAACAAAUGAGUUGUCACGAAUGUAUUGGAGUCAUGCUAGGCAAACCAACCUUUAUUUACCAACCUGCUUGAUAACUGACAUGAACACACACACACAUUCUGCAAUAAUACGUCACCCAUUGCCGGUGAUACACGCUUAGUCACCAGGGAAGUACACAGGUCCACUAUCUCACUCACUAACAAGAUAGGAAUGUACACAGUAUAGCUCAUGCUUGGAUAUACCAGUGAAUUGCUAUGCUAGAUGAAACUUCUGCCUGGCUGUGCAGGGAGAGAUUACCAGAAAUAGUAUUAAUAUGAAUUGUUUUAUUCUGAAUGCUUUUAAUACCAUAAAUCCAUAUUUAUAUUUAUAUACAACCACACAUGCAGUAUCUAUAAAGAACCACACCCAUAGUGUUACAAUUCAUAUAAUAUAUAUAUAUAUAUGCCUAUAUAUAUACAACAU